GGCACACGCGAUUUGCCCCUGUUAACACCAAUCGGAAACCCCGUUAAACCCUCUUCCUUUUGCUGUCCGCAAGCAAGAUGCCAGGCGGUGGUGUAACAGUAAAAGACGUCAACCAGCAGGAGUUUGUCCGGGCGCUGGCUGCCUUCCUGAAGAAGUCAGGAAAGCUGAAGGUGCCAGACUGGGUGGACAUUGUUAAGCUGGCUAAACACAAGGAGCUGGCACCCUGCGAUGACAACUGGUUCUACAUCAGAGCUGCCUCCACAGCACGCCACCUUUACUUGCGUGGUGGUGUCGGCGUAGGCUCCAUGAUCAAGAUCUAUGGAGGCCGUAAGAGGAACGGCGUGUGCCCCUCUCACUUCAGUGUGGGCUCCAAGAACGUGGCUCGCAAAGUGCUCCAGGCCCUGGAGGCUCUUAAGAUGGUGGAGAAAGACCCCAACGGUGGGCGCAGACUGACCCCACAGGGAACCAGGGAUUUGGAUAGAAUCGCCGGCCAGGUGAAGAUGCACUGAAUAUUGUUUCAGCUGCAAGCAAGAAGUCUUGAAAUGUAAAAUAAACUUUGAGAACUCGAA